UACGAGCCGAGGAACACGUCAGGAACACUCGGAGAAGAAAGUUUUCAGCUCGGGCGAGACUCCCGAGCAUUGGCAUGAUGGAGAAUCUCAAUAUGAAGCCAUCGACCCGCUGUCACUAUGUUUACUGAGACGAGGGGACUUGGACGGCGUGCCGCCUCACGUCACUUCCGGCUCCUACAAAAGAUGGGUCACUCCGUAAAGACCAGAAAAGAACCUUUGGCGAACGAGGACUAUAAGACGAGUUCCGGCGGAUCUGCCAACACCCCCAAUAAUGGGCACACCCAUCUGUCCAGGUUCUCCCUGGCCACCCUGAAGCUCUUCAAGCCUGUCAGCAAGUCGAGCGGGACAAGGUGGCGCAAGUGUCAACACAACAGCUCCUCUGUGGAUGAAUGCAGCUUUGUGGAGAACCCUCGCCAAGCCCAGACUCCCCUCCCUCCGAGAAAAUGCGCUCUGGAUUUGCCGGCGCAGUUCAGAGGUCAGAAAAACUGUGGCGCGCCUGUUUGCGUGGCGCACCAACAAUCCGGCUCUGUUCCGCAGCCCCAGACGCCCGAGGUUAACGGACACACCUUCGACAGACGUCACGGAACUAAAAACAGCUGUCGGGUCGAGCAGGAGACCUGCAGCGUGGACAGCUCGAUGGGACAAGUUCAGGAGGAGGAGGACGGUGAUGGGACCAGGUCCCUGAAGGCUAUAUUUGCUACUGAAGUUCCUCAGAACUCCACCGUCAACCGGCAGAAACGUUCUCAACCAGGAUUUGAAGAAACGGACCUGCCGAGCACGCCCGACACCAACGGAGAGACGAAGACGUUUCAGACGGUUCUCCAGGAGCGGAUCAGUAAGGUGGUCGUGAAUCUUGAGGAAGUUCUCCGAGGUCUGAAGGAGGUGCAUCUGGAAAUGAAGGAGGUGGUCCAACAGAUCGAUCAGCUGACGUCCAAAAUUGACCUGAACCUGAAGGACGGGCCCGAGGCUUCGAGAUGCCACGGUUCCUGUGGAACCUCCAGAGCUUCGACAUCAGAAGAGGCAUCGAAGCCGAACAGCCCACAUCUCGAAGCGCCGACUGUCCCACGGGGUUCCUGUAGGCUCGGGGCAUGGAGCGGACGCCAAGCCGAGCGUAAAAGCCGUCCCGGUGUUCCGCCACCAGCGUACCCGACCGAAUUUACACACGUAAAGGAGAAAUCUAAUCGUGGAGCGGCGCCGCUCAGGGCAAGAAGCAAGAAGCCUCCUCCGUACCCCUCGGACGACAAAGCCUGGAGGGUAAAUAGAGAAAAAACUCCUCACGCGGGCAAGCGAAUACAUCUCUCGACUACGGUGUGACAGGUCAAGCUGCUCCAGGGCAGCUAGAGGAAGAUUGCGGUCAGUAUGCGGUAUCCUGGGCGACGG